ACACCUGUUAUCGAUAACGGAUGUUUACGUUAGAAUCAAAAUGGACUUUUCCACGUAUUAUAAAUAUUCAAAAAACUUUUAUAUCCAGCUUGUACUUGGAUUGGUAGUUGCUUCAACGGUUAGAAUAUGUGUCUCUAUGUGGGGUCACUCAGGAGAAAAUAAACCCCCAAUGUAUGGUGAUUUUGAAGCACAAAGACAUUGGAUGGAAAUAACUGUUAAUCUCCCCACUAAUGAGUGGUACAAAAACACAUCAGAUAAUGAUCUGCAAUACUGGGGCUUGGAUUAUCCACCCCUUACUGCCUAUCAUAUGUUCAUAAAUGGGAAAAUAGCUCAAAUUGUAAACUCUUCAUUUGUUGAGUUGGAGAAAUCAAGAGGAAUUGAAGGAACAAAUGUCAAAUAUUUUAUGAGAAUAACAGUCCUUGUAAUGGAUAUACUUGUUCUUAUGCCAACUGUGGCGGCAUUUUUUAUGAUGCAUAAAUCUCACCAGGAAGGGGAAACUGAGAUACUUACAAACAUCAUAGUCAUGCUUGGAUAUCCAGGCUUGAUUCUGAUAGACAAUGGGCAUUUUCAAUAUAAUAAUGUAAGUCUGAGCCUUUUUGUAUUAGCUACAUUGGCCCUAAUUAAGAAAUAUGAUCUCUUUGCAUCUGCACUCUUCUGUCUGGCUCUCAACUACAAGCAAAUGGAGCUGUAUCAUGCACUGCCAUUUUUUGCUUACCUAUUUGGAUCUCUAAUCAAACAGCCAAUAUCACAAGGAAUGUUUAAAUUUACAUCACUUGCCAUGGUUGUGGUCAUUACUUUUGUUGUCAUUUGGUCUCCAUUUUUACAAAGUAAAGAAACUGCUUUGUCUGUACUGCAAAGAUUAUUUCCAGUAAACAGAGGGCUUUAUGAGGAUAAAGUAGCCAAUUUCUGGUGUGCUGUGUCAGUCAUCAUAAAAUUUAAACAAAUUUUUUCACAGUUUGAUAUGGCUUUAAUAUGCUUAGCAGUUACAUCACUGUUUUUAUUACCAUCAUUCCUUCACCUCAUCCAGAACCCGAGUAUUAGAAACUUCCAGUUUGCUACAAUAAAUUCUGCACUGGUGUUCUUUCUUUUUUCAUUCCAUGUUCAUGAGAAGACUAUUCUUUUAGCUGCUAUUCCCAGCUGUCUUGUUUUACAGUCAGACCCUUUGGGUAUAAUUUGGUUUUUGCUUAUAACUGUGUUUAGUAUGCUCCCAUUACUCAUUAAAGAUGGACUAAUUCUACCAACCAUAGCUACUGUUUGUUUGUUUUGGAUAUACAUCAAUCAUUUUCUUAAACCUGCUAAAGAUGUUCCUGAUAAUGUAGUGCAAAUUUUUCAGUAUUCUUUGCUGAUGGCAUGCUGCAUAUUUCUGGCAACAGUUUUUAUUCCACCACCAAGCCAGUAUCCAGAUUUAUUUCCCAUGAUCAUUUCUAUAUAUUCCUGUGGACAUUUCAUAAUGUUUGCCUUCUAUUUUCAUUAUAAACAAUAUGAAGAAAUUCUCCAGCUUGAAGAAUCAAAGGGUAAUGAUUUUUAUGACAACAAAAAAACUGGCAGCUGGGAAGCCGGGCCAAGCAAUUAUCCUAAAACUUUACGAAAUAGGAAUACAAAAUCUUGAAAGAUACCAAAUUGUCUUUAGGAAUAUUUUUUAAAAUUUAGUUUUUUUAGUGUAUUAGCCUUUUCGAGUAAAGAAUUUUUUUUUAACCUCAUCGAUAGCGGGCUGUCAGAGAGUGCCAUAGCUGCUGGGCUAUGACAGGGGUGUUCCUAUAUUUAAAAUAAAAAAACUCAUGGUUAACUCACCAUUUUGGGGCAAGUUCAAAAUGUAUCCUACCCUAAGAUGAUUAAGACUGCUGACAUGUAACUUAUAUUGGCUUAUUUUAUUAAGAGUGAAUAAUUUAUUUAAUUUAAUUGGUGGAUUAUGUACUGAACUAAGAAACUUUUCUCAAUUUUCAUCAGAAAACUUGUGCCCUGUUAACGUUUUUUUUUUAAAUAUCAUUUACAUGUUGAUUCUAGCUUCAAUAAUUGUCUAUUUGUUUCUUGACUUCAGUCAAUUGUAAUAUUUAAUUUGAAAGUGGCUUUAUGAAACAUUAAAUUUUUCA